CCCUCGUUAUUCGACACAUCGCCCUACGCUCGCCAUGUCGCUGUCCGUGUCGCUGCUGGUGGCGCUCCUUGGGCCCUGCCUGGCCCUGGAUAACGGUCUGGCCCGCACUCCUCCCAUGGGAUGGCUGACCUGGGAGCGGUUCCGCUGCAACAUGGACUGUGUCAACGACCCGGACAACUGUAUCAGCGAGAAUCUGAUGAAGGCCAUGGCUGACCGGCUGGCGGAGGAUGGCUACGCCGAGCUCGGAUACAAGUACGUCAUAGUGGACGACUGCUGGCUGAACAGCACGCGUGACGCGGAGGGACGCCUUCAGCCGGACAAGGACCGAUUCCCGGGCGGCAUGGCUGCGCUCGGCGACUAUAUCCACGGGCGCGGCCUGCUGUACGGCAUCUACGAGGACAUCGGCAGCGAGACGUGCGCCGGUUACCCGGGCCUGCAGGGCCACUUCCAGCUGGACGCACAGACGUUCGCCGAGUGGGGCGCCGACUACCUGAAGAUUGACGGCUGUAACGAGCGUCGUGCCGACCUGCCCGAGGAUCACGCGGCGUUCGGCGCCGAGCUGGCCGCCCUGGAGCGGCCCAUCGUCUACUCGUGCGAGUGGCCGUUCUACGAGCUGGGGCCGCACAACUACACGGCCAUCGCCGCCACCUGCAACCUCUGGCGCAACACGCACGACGUGCAGGACCACUGGGAGUCGGUGGUGAGCAUCGCGCGCCUCUACUCGCUGCUGGAGGCCGAGCAGUUCCAGUUCGCCGGGCCCGGCGGCUGGUUCGACCCGGACAUGCUCAUUAUCGGCGACUUUGGCCUGACGCUGGCGCAGAGCCGCGUGCAGAUGGCGCUCUGGGCCAUCUGGGCGGCGCCGCUCAUCAUGUCCAACGAUCUGCGCGCCAUCAGCGCCGAGGCGGCCGCCAUCCUGCAGAACGCCGACGUCAUCGCCGUCGACCAGGACGAGCUGGGCGUCAUGGGCCGGCUGAAGGUGCAGCAGGGCGACGACGCACAGCUGUGGGCGCGCCCGGUGCUGCCGCGCGCCGGCGACGCCACCUCCUGCGCCGUGGCGGCCGUCAACUAUGGCGACUCGGCCACCGAGCUGAGCUUCACACCGGCGCUGGCGGGCUGCGCGGAGGCGGCCGGCGGCUACCGCGUCCGCGAGCUGUACAGCGGCGCUGACGGCGGCCUGGUGCAGCCGGGAGACACCAUCACCGCCUCUCUGCCGCCCACUGACGCCCUCAUCUACACCCUAACCGCUCAGUAGGGUCGGCGGCGGCCGACAGCGUGGCAGCUCAGUCCAACAUUGGUGGGCCACACGUCUCAACUGAAUGCUGUAUUACAUAACGAUUAUACCUAACUAUAAUCUAAAAUAUAAAUGAGCUCUCUCAAUCUCAACUGUAUUGUCCCCGAAUGUGUUUUAUUCCCGAGUGAGCUGGUAUCAUGUCCAAAAUAGAUGUGUUUGACGGCAUUGAACAUG